GCUCCCUCCGCGAAGCCGGUGAUGGUUCCCUGCUUCGUGGUCGUCUUCGCGGUGUUGUUGUACAUUCGCAAGUUCAGCUCUUCUCUGGCUCGGUGUGUCGCGAAGGGAACGCUUUUUCGGCAGCAGAGCGCGCCGGCGUUAAAGUCUCUGCCAGCAGUGAUGGAAAGCGCUAACAAACGAGGCCGUAACCCGAUCAAAGCACGACUGAGAGCGACUCGGAGCCAUCCGGGAGACAUGGCUACCCAGUUGGAACGGCUGCAGCAGGUGCACCCGGUGUCGGUGCGAGACAUCAAGGAGAAGCUGCAGGCCCUUCGCAAGCACACCAGUGCAAGUGCGCUCAGCACGUCGCAUGCUAGGCGAGCGCCCGUCUGCGUGAGGCACGCCAACGACGACACGACCGCUGAUGGAAAACAGGCUGAAAGUAGGAGCAUCUCCCACGCCGAGGGCACGGGGGCCUCUUUUGCCACCAAGAGGCCCAGCCGCAAGCCCUCACCGCCCCCGACCCCUGUUCGGCCCCCCGAAGCUCCGGAUCCUCCCCGCGUGGCUGAGGAACCCGAGAUGACGACACGAACGACGACCCUGCGACAUCGAUCGACCACCCCCAAUGCCCGCCGCUCCUGCGGUACUUCGCCACCACCUCGACGACGCAGCCCUUCUCCCAGUCAACACACCUCUCCAGCACUGGAUUGCCCACCUGAGCUAGCCGAGGCAAUCCGUAGACGGGUGCUGCAGGUGCGCCGUGGAGUGCGGCUGUACUUGCUCUACCAACCAGGACCACGCUCUUUCCUCAUAGCUGCCGACCAGCCUGACCAUCGAUUCAAGGUGGUUCUGGGGCCGCAGACCUGCAGCUGUGGCAAGGGCCCCCACUGUGUCCACCUGCUGUUUGUAAUGCUCAGGGUUUUACGUUUGACUGACACGGAUGCUCGACUGUUCAGCAAGACCCUCAAAGAGUUCGAGGUGGAUGAGCUGCUACGCGGAUUCUCCAUAUCCCGGCGCAGGACCUCCCAGCAGUCCGAAGGCCCACUGACCGAUGACAAGUCACCCGACUGCCCUGCCAAGAAUCUGGAGGACGCCAUUGAUAGCACAUCAAAAACAGGCAGCCAUGAUGUUGAAGGUGACGAUGCGAGCACCUGCCCUAUCUGCCUGCUGGAGAUGUUUGAAGGAGAGUCUGUGAUCACCUGCGACAAAGGCUGUGGAAAUCAACUGCAUCAUCACUGUGCCUCGAUAUGGGUGCUGCAAUGUAGCCGCAAUGGAGAGCCUGUUGUCUGCCCUCUUUGUCGAUGCCACUGGAAAGAUGACCGAUCAUCACCGCCGCCCAUCACAAAGAAGCCACUGCAGUCAGAAGAUGAUGAGGAGAUCCUUGUACCACCAUGCCCACUGCACUGUCUUCUACGUCGUGCGUCAGACGUGAGCCCUCUGCCAAGACCUGUAGGAGCACCGUCCUGUUCAGCAGUGAACGCACCACCCAUGGUGAUGCAGUUCUUCGGCACAGAAGUUGCCCAGUGCCUCAUGUCGAGUGUUUGGUCCGAGCGAGAAGCUGCGGUCGUUGAGGUUGAGGCACAGGUGACCCACGCCCUGCGACUGGCCACAUCGAAACCCAUGUGCCUGGAGCCAUGGGGAGGCAUAGAAGCCGUGCAGGCUGCUUGCUGUCGAGUGAUUUCGCAUGCCAUUGCAGACCCUGUCUACCGUGUGUAUGUCACUGCUCUGCGUUGUUUCAAGUCCAUGCUGGUGCACAGUCCAUGCGCCAUCUUGGAAGACCUGCAUAGCCUGCAGAACCGCGUGCGCAACAUAGUGCGAGCUGUGCUCAUCAAGUGUGCUCACGGCGGAAACAAGAGAAGCCGUCAGCUGAGCCUGGCAACCCUCGCAGAACUAGCACGCGGACAGGCAGGAGCACUAUCCGUUGGAAGUCUCACACAAUACCCAGCUCCGAAUGGCCUGGGUGCCGACUUCCUGCUGGACGUGGUGCUGUCCGAAGGCAAGCAGACCCCGUCGUGGCAGGGUCUCCUCAGCCAGCUGCUGGUGCUGGGGCGGCUAGUCGAGGAGUUCCCACACCUACUCACUUCACCAAUAGCCACCACGGGCACUGUCAACGCAGAGUCGCUCGUUGCCGUCGACCUGGCUGUCCGCGCGGUGGGGCAUAGUCACGUGACCGUGCUUCGCCAGGGACGUCACCUGCUUGCCGGCCUGGCCCGUCUGUGUGGCCGCUGCCCCACGUCCGUGGCCCGCAUCUGGAACGGUGUAUCGGCGCUACAGGGACCACAGCGUGCCCAAGUGGUGCGACUUGUGGGUGCAGCGUUGCAGGAGGCCCGCAGAAGCCGUCUCUUCUUGUGCGCAACACGCUCACCAUCCGUUGAGAGGCAGCAGGAGGAGCACCUUGUCCGUGAGCAACUGCUUCACACCAAGAAGAACUGGGCGGGCAAGGAUGACGAGGAAGAAGAAUGCUGUAACGGCCAGAGACCGGCAUCGCUGGCCAACAGCCCGUCGCGUUCCGCCGCCACCUUCCAGCUGCCACCUCCCACCAUCGACCCUGCCUUGUUUGGCCAACUGGUCCAAGCAGAUGCUUCAGCACCCAUCAGUGAGACCAAAGCGACUGCCAAGUCCUUGCAAGAAGAUAAAGGCAAUGUACCCAUGCCAGAGAAACUUGCCGACAGCCAACACUCAUCGGGUCGGUCGUCCUGGUCUUCAGAGACGUCGUCUUCUGAGAAGAAGGUCGUCGUCACAACCGAGAAGCCCACGGUGCCUGCCAUGCCGCCUCAACGUGCCCCACGGAGCAGACCCAACUUCCUUCCGCUCCGCCGGCUGGCGUGUUCGCUGACGUCCCUAGGCCAGGGCCACCAGUCCUCGGCACAGACAACACCAGGAAGCGCAGUUACCUCUCCGGUGUCCUUUAGUCGAGAAAUUGCAGCGCUGCCGGCAGCCAGAGCCUCAUCGAAAAAGGGGGAUGUCAUCAACCAAGGACCCCCCAUAGUAUCAACAAGGGGCUGCGACAGCAGGACAGCGCACUUUGAAGAAUCAGCUUCCGAGGACGAUGCCCAAGACAAUGAAUUCAUCAUUUUCAAAUCUGUGCCGGGACUUCCCAUCUCGUUUGGAGCGAGCAAAGAGGGAGCAAAAGGCUCCAGCUAUGUGGAGGGCCAACACUGGCUGAGAGGCCCCGUGCUGGGUUCCGGGGCAUUCAGCUCCUGCUACCAGGCGAUGGACCGCAGCACGGGUACGCUGAUGGCUGUCAAGCAGCUGCCCUUCUGCCGUUCAUGCCAGCGUGACGACAAGGAGACAGCCGAGAUCAUGGGCAGCAUAUGGAAUGAGAUCCAGAUGAUGGCGCGUCUCGAACACCCUCACGUACUACCCCUGCUCGGUGCCACCAAGCACAAGGAUCAGUACAACGUCUUCCUCGAGUGGAUGGCAGGUGGUUCGGUGGCCUCCUUGCUGGAGCGGUACGGGCCAUUUCCAGAAGCCACGAUCCUGCGCUACACGUACCAGGCACUCAGUGGCUUGGCGUACCUGCAUGAGAACCACAUUCUGCACAGGGAUCUCAAAGGUGCCAACCUUCUUGUAGACAGCACGGGACAGCACCUGAAGAUUGCCGACUUUGGCUCGGCCAGCCGCCUUCAGAGCAAGGCCACCCUGGCCGGGGAGUUUCAAGGUCAGCUGUUGGGCACGAUUGCCUUCAUGGCUCCUGAGGUGCUACGAGGGGAGAACUAUGGUCGGUCAUGUGACAUCUGGAGUGUGGGCUGCGUUCUGAUUGAAAUGGCCACCAAUGCGCAUCCUUGGGACAACUGCAACACACUGAAUCACCUGGCACUCAUUUACCGGAUCUCGUGUGCCCAGUCUCCGCCGCCAGUUCCCAAGAUGCUCAGCCUUAGGACGCAGAAUUUGGCUCUGCAGUGCCUUCGACUUCGAUCCGAAGACCGACCACCAGCCGCUGAUCUUCUGUCCCACCCUGCAUUCAAGGAGGCCACCCUACACUCGGCCCAGGAGUUGUGAAGGCCCUGCGUGACCAACAGCAUCAACAAGGUCGUAGCAGCAGCCAUUGGUAGUCGAAUGCUGGACACACUUUACUAACGUCCUUGCCACUGUGACAGGCCCUUACCCCCCAAGUGACUGUGUCUUUGUGUCAAUUGCAGAACUGUGCCACAUGUUGUUUUCCCACUUUUGCAAGUUGUCCUUGCACCCCACUUUUUUCUUUCCUUCUCUCCUAUCAAGUGGUGCUGUUUAAAGUAAUGACUUUGUCACCAUGACUGCUGUCACUGCUGGUUUUUGUAAUGCCAGGGCAUGCAUGGAUUCUACACAGCAUCAUGGUUGUCCGAGGAAACUUUUGAGCCCUUUCGUGGUCACAUAUAGCAUUAUGCGUCUAUUUGUUGCCUAUUGUGCUUGUUUCUGCAGUCCAGUCACUUGGGGUCGUCUGAAUUCACUCAAGGUUGGCGUUUGGUUGUGUGUCCUUUUUUUUAGGAUGAGGUGGAUGCAUGUCGAAGUCUAGAUUCCAAACGCGUUGAGAACCUACACCAAGGUAGCAAUGGAAGCCAGAACUCCACUUUUGAUGGAUCACUUUCUGUUUGUCAAUCGGUGUCUGCUCAUUGGCUGAACCACUGAUAACAGAUGCAAUGACAGAAAUUUACAUUCGGCCGAUUCGGCCUGUAGCAGAACAGUUCUUUUGCAUCCAUGCAACUGUUGAACAGAUUAACAAAGCAGGCACCACCAGAAACACCGUAACAGCAGUAACGGUCAAUGCAUAAGGGCAUUUUGGCAAAUGAUAUUGCAUCAACAAAAGUCAUCAAUCAAGAAUAUACAUACAACCUGUCCCUGUUGCAAGCACAGUGCACGCUUGCUUAGCAUUUUUUUUUAUUCAGCAUGCUAGAGUGCAUCUCAACACAACAUGUACGCUUGUCUCUUUCUUUGUUUCUUUUUUUCUCUACCUCAGUGUGACACACCAUUUAGGUACUCUUUCUUUUCUUCCUUUGUCAGCCCGUUCAUUCUUUAGUCGUUUCCUUUACUGUCCGAAGCUUGGCAGGACUGAUUGCUGCAACGAUACCAUAACAAAUUCGUCUUGCCUGAAUGCAAUGCACUGUUGUGCAUUUAUAUCUUUUAGAUAUUGAACCAGCUGAAAAAGAAGUAAAGUUUCUCAAGGUGGCAUACAUGCUGAUUACCAUUCAGUGCAACCACGGAGGAGUUUGUGGCUUUGAAGAUGAUGACUAAUGAAUGCCAGAAGGCAGAGAGAAAGAAAAACGAUCCUGUUUGCACCUUGAAGAAAAAAAGAGCUUUCAGUCCUGCCCGUGACCUAUGUGUUUUAAUAUCAAAGUGUGUGCCAAAAGAAGUAUAUAUGCGAGAGAAAAGACAAAAAACGAAAAAAAAAGAGAAGUGUACUUAAUGUAACGUGUCUUGUCAUGCAUCCUAGUUUUUGUGUGUGUUCAAUUUUUCUGUUGCUGCUGCCAUUGCCUCAGUUCCACGCUGUGGUUUCUUAGCAUGGUACAACAACAGUCUUCUUUUUUCUUUCUUUCUUUUUUUUAAAAUUUGUUUGUCACUGCUGGAAACAGUGUUUUGUAUCCUUUUGGUAUGACAUGACAUGCGAACGGAGCAGUGUGAUUUACUUGCACGGAUAGCAGUACUUGGCUGCCUUGCAGAGAGGGUCACUCGUUUGUGACACUUGGCAAAGACAAAAGCUUGUUUUUUUCCGUCGGUUGGAAGCUGUACAUUUUUUUUCGGUUUGUGUUGGUUCGUAUACACCUCAGCACAGUCUCUUUGCUGCCGUAAUGUGGUGCAACAAACAUGACGUGGAAAGUCGCAGAUCACAUUGCAAAACAACAAGGAAAUAAAAAAAAGCAGUCAUUCAAUUUGCAUUCAGAUUGGUGAACAUGUAUCCCAAAUGUGGUGCACACAGAGUGAAGAGUUAUAAAAUGUUAACCCAGGUAAUUCAUCAGCUCACUCGAGUACCCAAUUUGUAUAAUUUAAUCAAUGUUUAAUUAAACCAUUUGACAUUAUUUUUGGAUGCAGUGUCAGUUUUUUCCAGAAUAAAUCUCAACUACUCAUCAGCAGUGCUGUCUCUCAAAGAAAUACAACAUUUCACUGUAACACCACGAUUCCUUUCACUGAAAGGAAGCACAGCAUCCAAACGUGUUGGCGUUUUAACGUGUACAAUUUGUGUCACUUGGCAGUACAGUAGACUGUGCUGGGUUGUUUAAUGGAUACAACUUUCUUGGGCAUAGAAGCCUAUCUGCUGCCCUAUUUUAUUUGUUAUUGUUCCCCUUUGACAUGUGCAAUUAGCAUUAGGACUGCAAUCAUCAUGCAGUUUUUUAGUGGUGCACCCACAGCAAUUGGACACAGCUUUUACACUUUGCCAGAGGCACAGUUGUUCUUGGUACCAACAGGGAUGUCGUUAAUACCGUCGCCCAGUAUGGAUUUUGGUAUGGCGCACAUUUGACCUUUUUUCUUACGCCUAUCUUUUUCUUUUUUUUUUUUUUUGGCUGUCACGUCACAACUUGUGUGACAACGUACUCGUCAUAUCACAACUUGUGUGAUGUGACGCUUGUGUGCAGUGGCACCUUUUCUUUUGUCCUCCCCUAUCUUGUGGAUAAUCUUAGUCACUUAUUUGAAGAGCGCAAUGGCUGAUGUCGAAGUAAAGUUUUGGAAAAUAGGUCGCCAUCAGAAAGCUCUUCUUUGUUGGCAAAUAUUCUCAAACUGUGCUGGUCACUUCUGUUAUUUCAAAAGUGAGGUUGUUGCAUGCAUUGCAUGUCUAUUUAUAACUUAGAAAGCAUGGAUACCUGAAACAAAAAAGGAAAAAAUCGUGGGCGAUCUAUGCAAAAAAAAUAGAACAGGAUGUUGCACAGGUGUUACUUGUUCAGGAAAUUGAACUUAUUUUUUUUACUUCAUUUUUGCUGGUCGUGUGCAAAUUUUCUGAAACAUUGUCGCCAUACAUUGCUGCAUCACCAGUUCUCACUUUCACAUCAUUUUUCAUUUUUUUCUUGUCAUCAGAGACACCAGCAACGUUUCGUCAUGGGCUAAGCCAACCAAUUUGUGUGUUGUCAUUCAUCAUAUUUAUUUAUUUUGCUCAUGAAUGGUCCUUGGGGAAAAAAACUUUCACCACUUGCAGAAAGUCAUUUUCAUAGGCACUCUGUUAUAGAACAUUGCUCAUUUAUUAUCACGGUUAACACAGAAUAUCUCAAAACAUCAGGAACGCUACAGAGUGUGCCAACAGCGUGUUACCGACACAACUUAUCAAAACAACGCCGCAUGCCAGGGGCUUGUGCCUAGCACAUGCACCUUCGAACCCCGUUAACCCUGUGCAAACCAGGACUGCUUUCUCGGCAGAUCACUGCUGGGGAUGAACAGAUCUUUUUUCAAAAAGAGCUGUAAAAUGCGGUACUAUGUGGAUAUGUUGCAAAAAUGUUGCGCGACAUCGAAAGAUGCUUACCCCUCAACAAAGUGCAAUGUUCUGCUGCGUUUCAUCAUUUGAAGAAAAGCCUCACCCAAGUGGUCAGCUGAAACUGUGGUCCCUCGUUCACUGAGCACACUCCUUUUGGUGAGGUAACACAGGUGAAUCGCCACAGGAUAAUUAAAAUUAAAAUGACUGUUGGCUAAAAAUUUUUCAUUGUGGUAUAGAAACCUUUUCAUGUGGCUCUUGGCUGAGCCCAAGGGACCAUUUUUUUUUUUUACUUGGGACCAGAAGAUAAAGGACUUCCUUCGAAGCAACUCUACAAUGCAGCACUUGCGUAUUGUUUUGUUCAUCAUCUCCGGUUUACUGAAAUCACCCAGUGCUUUGUUUUAAGCUGAUAGUUAUUUAAAGAAAUGACUUUUGGGUAAUCAGGUAUUUUGUCCUUUUUUUCCUUCUGUUUGUGUCGUUAUUUCAUAUGAUUUAUCUAAAUUGGGUGGUCCUCAUGGCACAAGGCACUAUUUGUCAUAAAAUGUUUUCUGGACAUGUUAAAUUCAUUAUUUUUUUUCUUUUGCCUCAUCGGAAUCAUCGUUUGGUACAGAAUUUUGUGUCACUAGUGGUAGUAAAAAUUGUAGCUAUUGCCAUGUGACAACCUUUUUUUUUCGGUGCCACUUUGGAAAACACCAGCACUGGCGUAUUAGACACGCACACAGCACAUGAUGCUCCAGUCUCAUAUUUUUACAAGGACAUGUAUGUGAGUGAAAGGGUAAAAAAUGAAGAACAGUGUGUAUUGUUAACAGCUUCAGGAAAAUUAUGCCUGCAGAGCUUAAUAUAUUUGCCAAACUUAAGUUUGCGUUAUUAAAUUCUGAAAAGGAAGUAGUGAAGGAAGCAGACAUGUGAUUCAUGGGCUCCGAAACAUUUCAGACAUAAGACAUGACUACACUGCAUAUUUUCACUUUUUGCUGCUUUUAUGGAGCUCUCAGCAGUGCAUUAUGCAUAUGUCUUAAAAGCACAUGAAUCUUGCAUUGUUGCCUCUAAUCAUAUUGCUUUUUCAUCAUAACACCAUACAGUGUCCCAGUAAAAAGCAUACCAACAGUCUGCAUGUAGUACAUGAUGGGUUGCUUAAGCCAGCUGCUUUUCUUUUUUUUUAAUACAAUGUAAAAGACAAGCAGAUGAAACAAAUCAAUGUUGCAAUUUUUUAUCCUCACUCACUACAUGUCUGCAUGUGAUACACAAUACUUCUACAUGCGGGUUGGUUGUCCUUUCUUUUUUCUUUUUUUUCUUGGCAUGACUGCAAUCUGUGUGUGUUGGUCUGGGAAAGAAAGAAAUAAUCAUGCAAAAAAAAGUGCAUUUAUUUCGUUGUGGGUGCCACUGGUACGCCGUGGCUAACUUGUGGAAAUGGUGAAUUUCUUUCUUCCAAGCAGUAGUUUAUUCUUAUUUUUUUAAUCUCCUAGCACCCCCCCAAGAGAUUAGUACCUGAAAAUCAUUGACAGUGCCUUAUGUCCUUUGUCUGCCAUGAAGAGUGAUCGUGAAGCAGUAUUUUUGUAUAACUCAAUUGCAUUUGUUGAUCCUUUAUGCCCUUUUUUUUUACAUAAUGCAUGCACAUAUUGUAGCUUUUAUACAAGUGUUGCAUACUUUACACUGCUCUCACUAUAAUGAGGGGCCAUAACGUGUUUGAUACGUGUGUGCCAAUUAAAAAUAUUUGAAAGCAUCUCAAGAGAA